GAAUAAAUGCUAUACUUAAAGUGUAUUCAUAUUGCUUCAUACGCUGCUUGUCGCGGCAUCGCUCUUAGACCAUAAGCAAACGAGUGGUGUCAACACUACUUGGAGGUUGCGACACAGGAUACGGCCGAAGCACAAUUUUCUUUGCUGAACUAUUGCAAUUGUACCUAUUACUUGAUACUCCGAGCUUUGCAAAGGCAGCUUGCUUGCUUGCCGGAAGCAUGGCUUGCAUCGCCACACAUGCUCGACCCGCUGGAAGCCUGCACCAUGGCUGCUCACGGCAUAAGGAGAAUAUGAGAACACCUGGAACACGAUGCUUUACAUUCGCGAGAGUUGUCCGUGUGGCCGCUGCGUAUCGCCCCAGGUCAAUCCGGGAACCCGGUCCUUGCUCGGAGCGCGAGCUGGAUGCGACCCGUCCUGUCCCGGAAGCAGCACCCGUCUGCCCCUCCUCCCACCCCUCCUCCUCCUCCACGAGUGGGGGUGCCGCUGCAGUGUUUUCGGCGCUGCGAUGCGGUCUGGCAUGUGCGGCUCUGGCAGCAUGCCUGCUGCUGCCGCCUCCGCCUGCGGCUGCUGCUGCAUCUGGUGCAGCGGAGGAAGGGGUGGCGGCCCUGCAAGCAGCGGGACCCCCGAGGGGCACAGCAGCUGUGGCCACAUCCGUACCCAGCGGCGACUCCUCGGCCCUGCAAACAGCAGGAAACGCCUCUUCAGGUACUGCGACAACUGAUGAUAGCAGCAGCAGUGGCCUGCAAACCGUCUACUUUGGCAACGGCUGCUUCUGGGGCCGCCAGCGGGACUUCGCGGAGGUGGAGCUGCGGCAGCUGGGGCGGCCGGCGGAGCGGGUGACGGCGCUGGUGGGCUAUGCGGGGGGCAACAGCGCCGGGCCCGGGGGGCGUGUGUGCUACGUGUAUGGAGACCCCAGGACGCGGUACGACAUGCUGGGUCAUGCGGAGGUGGUGCAGCUGGGCGUCAGCAGCGACCCGCGGGUCGGUGAGGCGGAGCUGCAUGCCUUCGCCUCGCUGUACUUCAGGCAGUUCCGACCCAUUGAAGGCGGCAUGGACCGGCUGGACCCCCAGGACCGAGGACCCGCCUACCGCAACGUCAUCGGCAUCCCCGGCGGCGUUCGCUCGCCCCUCUUCCACGUCAUCCAGGAGGAGAACAAGUAUGGCAUGGUGCUGCGAGAGGGGCGAGGAAACGACAUGGAGCGGGGCAGGCCGACAGAGGACGACGUGCUGAACAGCGUGUGGGUGGUGGACUCCGACCAGCUGCCCUUCCACCGCGCCGAGCGCUACCACCAGUUCCAUCACGGGCUGGGCAAGCUGUUUCCGCUGGAGUAUGUUCGGGACCUACGUAACGCGGUUGCCGGGGCGGGGCGAAUGGAGCCCACUGGGUGCCCCGAGCUGCCCUUCUGAGGGGCCACAUGCCACAGCCUGCACGCCCCCCCUCCCGUGUCCCUAGCUUCGCUGCGGUGUGAGGCUGCCCAUUGGGAGGGGCUGUGCUGGUGAAAACGAAUGAGGGGAUGACCUAGCGUCGUAGCGGUGAUACCGAUGGUACUUGGCCUAAACCGCGCUUUGUGCCGUGAAAGGGGCCUCCUGGGAUAAUCGCAGAGACGGAGUGAAGGCUUGCUAGCCUGGUGCCUGGUGCAAAAAGUAAUGUGAGUGAUGAGUCGCAUGGAGGGGCAGUGUGUUUGCGUCCACCCGUCUUUCACGGAGCCGCACUGCCCCGGGCGGGUUGGGUUGCAUGCAUGCAGGCUGCUGAAGGAGGUGCUCGAAGCCGGUAGGAGUGUUGCAGUAGGCGUGCUGGCAGCGACUACCGCACCACCAGUCGCACAUUCAACACUGGGAGCUGUUGGCGCGCCCUGGCAUGCGAUGCGUGCUUGCAUGUGGGGCCAAACACACGCGCCAUCGUUUGCACAGCUGGUAGCAUGUGUCCGCCUUUGUGUACGGUUUGUGUACCUGCAUGCAGAUGGGCAGUGCGCCCAGAGUGCGCUGCUGCACGGCCCGGAGGUUGGAUAUAACCGAGGGGCCCGGUGACCCUGGUCACCGGUGUACGGAAGCCGUUAGGUUGUCGUAUAGAACCUCUAACUUGAGCUCUGUAGUCACUAGUAAGGCCCGCCUUCGGCGGGAGCUACCCGUAGCUCGCGGGAGAGAGCUGGACUACGAGUAGGAACGGCAGGUGAUGUCGAGAAGAAAGAGCGGUUGCACGCAUGUACGGCGUGAGGAUGCAGAAGGAUGCUCCAAUGCUUCAGAGGCGGAGUGGCAGUGAUUGUCGCCGAGGCUGCUAGCAAUUGAACGGUUAGGAAGCGCGAAUGGCUUGAUGACGCCGCGGAAACGUGCAGGAUAUCAAUGCAUACAGGUGGUGGAGUGCGAAGACCUGCCCUACCUGCCCGAAUACUGGUGCUCAUACAUACAUGCGUAUACGCGCAUGCCGUGCCGUGCCUUGUCGAAAUAUGUCGAAAUACUGGUACUGAUA